AUGUCGACUCCUCAGCCGACUGCCCUUCCCCAGGUUGGGAAGCUCGUCAGUGUUGUUCCUGUUGGAUUGAAAGAAGCUGCCCUCGACUCCCCGACCUUUCGCGCGACCACCCUCCACUUCGUCGAUCAACUCGAUUACAUUGAGAGAUGGCUCGAUGGAUAUGCCAGGGCUGCGACAAAGCUGACCACGGAGCUCUCAGAUUUUGAGCAGGCUCUGAACUCCCUUAUUUCUUACGCCACAACGCCUGUCAAUAUUUCGGAGGCUGUCCUCGACCAUGACUACACGCUACUGGCGAUAAAGCGACAUGGUGAAUGCGUGAGGGAUAUCUUGGGCGCAUCUGUCGGGGCCGUGAAAAAAUUGGACCACGCGGUUGCAGAGCCGAUCAGAGCAUUCAUUCAGUGGGACCUACGAAAUUUCAAGGAAACCCGUCGUGCUCUAGACCAGGCCCAGAAACAGUAUGAUCAUCUACAAGCCAGGUAUUCUGCCCAGGCGAAGUCCAAGGAGCCCUCUGCCUUGAGAGAGGACGCUUUCCAAUUGCAUGAGGCCCGCAAGGCUUAUCUCAAGGCGUCCAUGGACUUUUGUGUGCAGGCUCCUCAGCUACGAAAUACUUUGGAUAAGCUACUGGUCAGCAUAUCGUUCGACCAAUGGCGGGAGACUAAGAAGAUCUAUGAUAAUAAUGCCGCUACAUUCGCGAAAUGGGGACAGGAUAUGGACCGUAUCAAAGGUUGGGUCCAUGAGAUGGAAAACAGUGAGCGAUACUCGCUCAAAGAAUUGCUUUCGGCUCGAAAGCAGAUUGAAGACGCUGCGGAGCAGGCAUGGAGACCGUCUCGAGAACUCGAUGAUUACUCGGUUUCCACCGUGCCUUACCUGGGCAAGGCACCGUCUGCGCUGAGAAAUCACAAUGACAAGCCGUUCAGACCUGAGAAACAGGGGUGGUUGAAUCUCCGAACGCUCACGGGAAAACCGACCCGGACAGUAUGGGUUCGACGCUGGGCUUUCCUUAAGAAUGGCAUUUUCGGUUGCCUGGUGCAAAGCUCCAAAACAGGAGGUGUCGAGGAGAGCGAACGAAUAGGCGUGCUGCUGUGCAGCAUCAGACCUGCUUUCCAAGAAGAGAGGAGAUUCUGCUUCGAGGUUAAAACCAAGAAAAACACCAUCAUGCUGCAGGCCGAGACACAGAAAGAACUCAUGGAGUGGAUUGGUGCAUUUGAAGCAGCAAAGCAAAAGGCACUAGAGAACCCUGCGAGCACUGAUAUCUCAGUCUCUGGAAAGUUCACUGUCCAGGAUCCGGCGUUCUCGAUCUCCCAGCCUCCGGCCCCUGAAUUUGCAGCUGACCCGUCAGACGGUCUAACUCCCAAUGCCGGUGACGAUCCAUCUUCAGAGCGUAACGGAACGCUGCCCGUCCCUGAACGCGAUGGAGCAACGUUCAGAAGUAGUGGAGAGUUUGGCAGCUCAAGGCGGCUCACGGGGCUCGAUGGGGAAUCUGGUAAUGGGCGGGACCAUGCAUCUCGAAUUAUCCAAAAGUUGGAUCUUCAUCGCAAAUCGCCAGCUCCGGGCCUACAGUCUCCCACGCAAUCUCCGGCUGGUGGGAUUGCCAGCCUCAUCUCUUCCAGUCACAGUUUACUCCCAUAUAGCGGUCCUAUGCCCGUUGCUCCAGGGGAAAGCGAUGGGAACAGAGGCCGCGAGGAUCCAACAGCUACAACUCUUGCACCUCCCACAUUAGCCAACCCGCCAGCUCCGACCAACAUGAGCAAGGCAGCAGUGAUGGUGAGCAAUGAGCGAGGGAUUGGUGUAGGGCUCGCAGACUCUACGGGGGGAAUGCCGAGUGGAAUGAUGGCGAACCUGUGGGGUAGUUCCAAUUGGGGUUUCAUGAAUACGCUUCAACGCGAGGGCACGCGUCCUCGAGAUAGGAAGAGCGCCGAUGAUGAAGAGUUGGCAACGAAAAGAUCGGCUUCUCCUGCCAGCGAUUCCAAGGAGACCAUCGCUGCAGGGACAGGCGUUUCUAGCAGCCCUGCCUCGUCUCAACAGCCGACAUCAGGGCCACGGCAUAGACAGACUGUUAGCCUCGAUGGCGAUGCGAGUAAACUACAGAGGUCUAUGCUCGGCAUCACCCAUGAGUAUCCAAGCUACUAUCCACAGCGGCUCAGAAUCCAAGACGCGCAAUUCCGCCUCCUAUUCCCGAAUGUGAAAAGGGAAGAAAGUCUGGUUUUAGUUUUCAGGGCUACAUGGAACCCGAACGACCAGCAAGAAUUUCCUGGAAGAGCAUUUGUUACAACUCGCAAUAUCUACUUCUACAGUCAUCACUUCGGAUUAGUUCUGACGACCAGUAUUUCGCUCGCCAAUGUGAUGGAAGUAACCGCUGCCCCAGGAAGGGACUGUGAUUUCCUGUUUCUUCACCUUAAUCCAUCUCCGGGAGACUCAGCGAGCCGCAUAACCGUGAAAACGUUCCUUGAGCCUCUGAGGCUCCUGCAAAGGAGGCUGAAUUUCCUGAUCAAGGAAGCGACGUCAGAUGACCACCUUGAUUUGGAGUCUGUUUUCAAGACUCUGAUCAAAAUGGAAGCAGAAGUUCUUGCCAGGACACCCAGCGUGGAUAGCUGGGAAGACGUCUCGCUCGACGCUCCGGUAGAUGGUAGGAGCGGUGUGAGCGGCAGUGGAAACAGGAAGGGAACAAAGGAUCUGAGAACGCCCAUCUAUAUCGAUAGAGAUUACGAUAUUGAUCCUUCAAAGUCGAACCGCGGAAGAGAUAUUCCAAAGAUCAAAUUACCCUCUCAGCCCGUGCAAUACGUUCCGCAGGGGAAUCUCCAUUUGGCCGCUGAGAAAAUCUUCGAUAUCAGCCCCAAAGCGCUAUUUCACGUUCUCUUUGGAGACAAGAGUGCUCUGUGGCAACUUCUUCUGCAUGAGAGAAUGGCUCUGGAUAUCAAGCAGGGACCGUGGAAGACACUCGGCUCUGGCCAUAUGAGACGAGACUUUGAAUAUAAGAUUGAGAAGACCGAUCUACUCGGACGUUCGAAUAUGACCAAAGUCUCUGACUAUCAAAUCAUUGAUGUCCUCAAUGACCACCUGUGUUACGUGAUCACCGAUAAACGGACGCCAUGGCAUCUUCCGUUCAGACGCAAUUUCCGACUCGUCAGCAAGAUUGUGAUCACGUACGUUUCCAAGUCUAAGUGCAAACUGGCCAUCUUCUCGAAAGUCGAGUGGCUGUGGUCUCCUUACGUGCUUAAGAGAGUCAUCGAUAAGCAGGCGCUGAAUGACCUGGAGCAAGACGCUCUGGAUUUAGUUGACUUAGUCAGUGACCAAGUGCGAAAGCUGGGCUCUCGCGGUCGAACCAAGAAGGCGAUCAGCAUCUUCGGGCACGUGGGGCAUCAGACCAAUAUCUUCCAGUUCUCUUCAGCCGAUGCGCCUGCGCGAGCACGCCGAUCUCGAAAACAGCGAUCGCUCGCAUGGUUGUUGCUAGAGACCAUGGGGUCGCUGCUGGAAAGCGCCAUCUCGUUGCUGAUGCUCUGGUCGUUUGCCUUGCUCCGCUGGGUCUGGAAAACAACUAGUGCACACAGCGUGAUUCUCGCAUUGCUGUUCAUGAGCCUCCUGAUCAAUGGGUUCUAUUCCUCUCGGGAUGCCUACCAUUGGUGGCACGAGAGAAAUGCGGUCAAAAUCAUGUCACGCCUCGGAAUAAGCUCGGACAACAUCAUGAGCAAAGCGAUCUACAUAAGAGAUCUUGACGAGGCGAUUUCCAACACGACUGGAUGGCAUCCAAACAGCACGAGUCGCUGCUACUCGACGUUCCACGAGCAGACCAUGCUCGAUGACGACAUGCCGCUGACGAUGAUCUCGUCUGGACCGAUGGACGCGGUCGAGAGAAGCGCCAGCCGACGUGUUCAGCGCACCCGGCAACGCCUGGGAAUAUACCGGCACGACCUGGUAGUUGCACUGCGGGUGGUCAACAGCAUCGAGAGAGAGGUGCUGCGGAGUGAAUGGGAGCGCUGGCUUCAGCAAGAAACGAGGCGCUGUCGACAAGUCGAGACUCUCUUGAGGGAUGGGGGUGCCGGUGCUAAUCUCGACAACCAGAGUAUCUUUGCCGAGCGCAAGGAGGACGUGGUGCGCUGGUACGAGGAUUACUGCCUGAGCUGUCAGGAGGAGCAGGAAAAACUGAACAGGCAAGCACCGAGCUAG